CUUGACUUCCAAACGCUUGGGAUAUGGACCAGUGCACAACCCAAUGGGCUAGCUGUCCCUGAUGCAAGCAUGCAUCCUGUCAAAUCAACCACAGAUGUACUGGAUUUAAUGCAAAUUGGACUAACGAACAGGGCUGUAAGUUCCACUGCUAUGAAUCAAAGAAGUAGCCGGUCCCACAGUGUUCUCACUGUUCAUGUUCGUGGAAUGGACCUGGCUUCUGGUGAUGCUUUGCGUGGCAGUCUUCAUUUGGUAGAUCUUGCUGGAAGUGAAAGAGUUGAUCGCUCUGAAGUAACUGGAGAAAGACUUAAAGAGGCGCAACACAUAAACAAAUCUUUAUCUGCACUUGGAGAUGUCAUCUUUGCUCUAGCACAAAAGAGCCCUCAUGUGCCAUAUAGAAACAGCAAAUUAACUCAAGUCCUUCAAAGUUCUCUAGGUGGUCAGGCAAAGACUCUCAUGUUUGUGCAACUUAAUCCAGAUUUGAAUUCUUACUCUGAGACUCUGAGUACUUUGAAGUUUGCUGAGAGGGUCUCUGGAGUUGAGCUAGGUGCUGCACGGAGUAGCAAAGAGGGUAAAGAUGUUAGAGAAUUAAUAGAACAGGUGGCAUCACUGAAAGACACAAUUGCAAAAAAAGAUGAGGAAAUUGAACAGUUGCAACUACUAAAAGAUCUUAGAACUAUGUCUCCCAGUGUCAGUUGUGAAAAGCAGGACACAAGCCUUCUGUGGUGCGGAUCUUCCUUACCAAGCAAACACUCUCUUAGUGCAACUCCUUCACAAAGCCAAAGACAGUCAGCGGAGAAAGGCUCAAAACAUGACAAAGCAACUUCUGACCAGGACAAGUGCUCAGAGAACAAUGAUAAACACUCUGAAGCUAGUUCUCAGCAAUCUCUGGACGACUUCAGGCAUCAUAAGGAACUUUUCUGUCAGUCAAAGCUUGCUGCAGGGGAUUCAGGACAAAAUUUUUCUGCAGACGUUGAGCUUUUAGGGUUUGGAAAUCCAGAUUCUGAGAGAUCAAGUGACAUAUCUGACAGUGGCCUCUCCAUGGGUACAGAAACUGAUGGUUCAAUAUGCAGUGUUGUCGAGUUCAGUCCUUUCUCUGAGGGUUCAAAACCACCAGAAAGCCCUGAGGGUUCAAAACCACCAGAAAGCCCUGAGGGUUCAAAACCAGCAGAGAGCACAGAGAAGGAUAAAGCACCAUCCAAAAUGCUUCGACCAUCACUACAAAAGCAGAGACAAGCAAAAAUGGUUCGGCCAUCAUCAUCUAAGGACUUGUCUAAGUUGUCAGCAAUUAUACAGAAGCAGGGGCAAGAAAAAAUGGUUCGGCCAUCAUCGUCUAAGGACUUGUCUAAGUUGUCACCAACUUCAAGAAAAACCACCAGCAGCUCUUCUUUGACCAAGCCACCCAAACGUGGGCAGUAAAACUAGAAGGCAUUUUUUAGUUUUAAAGGGAUAGAGCACCAUCAAAAAAACUUCAACCAUCACCACAAAAGCUGGACAAAAUUAGAAGGCAUUUAGAUGGCAAAUAAUUCUUUUUUUAUUACAGUCCCCCACCCCCUCUUGUGGUCUCUUGCCACCAUCUCUUGGCUGGUGUUUUCAAAUGUCAACUCUCAUUCUUAUUUAUUACUUGCCAUGUCUGUUUUUUACAUGGGCAUCAGGUAUUGCAUGAAGCUGAUUGCCAACAUUCAAUGUAAGAACUGUAGUAUAUGUUUAACUUUUCUUUUCUCCGAUUAACUUGUUUGACUUUUCAAGAUUGGCUAAUGGCCAUAGCAACUUUC